ACACACACACAUGACCAAGUCAAUUUUGCUAGUGCACAAUUCAAAAAUCAAAAUCUCCUUUAAAACUUUAGAUUUUGAAUAGCAGUUAGCAAACUCACCUGUCAGAGCACACACAAUAUGUCAGAGUCCACAGUGGGAAAAAGGAGGCAUUUCAAGGACCUAAUCUGCAUACAUCACCUGUGUCCAUGGCUGCCUCCUGCACAUUAGAAAACCUCUUAUGCAAAAUGUGUUUUUCAGAUCCAUGUCUAACAUUUACUGAUGCUUUUUUGAAAAGUAUUUGCAGUCUGGAAUAAAGUUUUUCUACCUAGGAAAGAAGACAUGGUUUUGAAAUUUAUUACGGAAAUAGUUUUCCUCUUCACCACUGUGCUUGGCACUCUGGGAAACAUUUCUGUUUCUGUGAAUUAUAUGUUCAGUUGGUGGGGAGGCCCUGAGAAGAAACCCAUACACCUUAUUCUCAUCCACUUGGCUUUUACAAACAUCAUAAUCCUUCUUGCUAAAGGACUGCCAAAAACAAUAGCAGCUUUUGGUUUGAGAAACUUCCUAAAUGACAUAGGCUGUAAAAUCCUCAUUUACCUGGAGAGGGUGGCCCGUGGCCUCUCCAUCUGCACCAGCAGUCUCCUCACUGUGGUCCAGGCCAUCAUCAUCAGUCCUAGAGCAUCUGGAUGGAGGAGGCUCAGACCAAAGUCUUCAUGUCACAUCCUUCCAUUCUUUUCAUUCUUUUGGAUACUCAAUGCUUUAAUAAGUAUGAACCUAAUCCACUCCAUCACAAGUAUAAACCUGAAUAUAUCACAGUUUAAGAAUGACUACAACUAUUGUUAUUUUAUGCUUGAAAAUAAAAAAACAAAGUGGCUUGUUCUCCCUCUCAUGGUCCUGAGAGAUGCAGUGUUUCAGGGAGCCAUGGGAGGGGCCAGUGGCUACAUGGUAUCUCUUCUCCACAAGCACCACCAGCAUGUCCUCUACCUUCAGAAGGCCAAGCUUCUCUACAGAACUCCCCCUGAGCUGAGAGCUGCCCAGAGUGUCCUCCUUCUGAUGCUCUGCUUUGUUUUUUUCUACUGGACUGACUGUGCUUUUUCUCUAUUUUUAAGUCUCUCUUCAGGGAACAAUCCUGAGAUAAUAAUUAUUCGGGAAUUUAUGGUCCUUGGUUAUGCAGUCUUCAGCCCCCUUGUGCUGAUUCACAGGGAUGGACUUCUGGCUGAGUGUUGGCACGCUCAGUGGAAGAAAUUGAGGAAAUGUCCCUCUUGUUUAUCUGUUUAAUAAGCAUAAAAGAAAUCUCAGCUCUCUGAGAUUGUGGGUAAGACAAAAUCCAACCAAAGGUGUUUUUAUUC